UUUUUCUCGCCCCUCGUCACAAUCCAGUGUUCGCGAUUUUCAAAAAGACAAUAAUUAUAUUCGGGUUCUUCCGAAGGCCCGUAAAACGACAAGUCCGAUGUUUGCCGCCGCGGCUCAAGAUCAUCUCAGGCCUUGCCAUCUAGCUGCGACGUUCACGUCGACGACGGUACACCUGGAAGUAAGAAAAGUAAUUGCGUCGGAGGUUACUGCAACCCUGGCGUAAAUGCCCCCCCGCGGCACAUGUGCUCGCGUAAACCUAGCGCGAUCCUUAAUUAAUACGCCCACGCGCUCCUUAACAUGGCCAAAUUCCUCAACAAGGACCCUGUCACCUAUCAGCGGGAGCGUGACGGGUUCAUCAAGGGACUUCAUCAUUUUCAUGAGACUCGCGGAACGCCAUUCAGGAGGCCACCGAAAAUCAGCGGGAACGAGAUAGACUUGUACUUGUUAUACGUGCUGGUCACCGCCCACGGAGGAUGGAUCAAGGUAAACUCGAGGAACGAAUGGACCUCACUCUGCGAACAGUUUCACCUGCCAACCGAAUGCGUGAACAGCGGUGUCGGCUUGAAACAAAUAUACCUAAGAUACCUAGACAGGUACGAGAAGGUUCACUUCCUCGGGGAGGACGGGCAGCAGGCGGACGACGAGGAUGAGGACUCGAGACACCGGAAAUGGUCAGCGAGAGCGCUUCACUCGGUACCUUUGACCUACAAUCAUCAUCAGCACAACGUUGCCGAAUCCCUGCGAGAUUACAACGGUCUCUCGGCAAACUUGUACAAGCCGUCUAACUAUGACAAGCUUGCUCUGUCUCUACUCUCGCCGCUACCGAACGAGCAGGAUUUUGCGAUAAAUGUUUGCACCUUGCUGUCAAACGAGGGUAAACACUCGCUUCGUCUUGACAAGUAUCCACGGCUUGUUAAUAUACUAUUGGCACACGCUGGAGUCUUCGAUUCACCUGGCACUCGACAGCUUUUUAUCGAGGUCUAUUCACGGGUCAGGAAUUACUCCAUCAACUCAUUUUGGUCGGAUGUUAUCGAUGCGCAAGAUGCCCUGGACCUGACGGACGAGAGAGACUUUAUGAAAAAAGCCAUCAAUACGCCAAAGACUUUCUCGAGGCGGAAAAUUCUUGAAAAAGAAAAACAGAACAAGCUCAUACAAGCGGAGAAUGAGGAAAAUGUUACACCUAUGGAAGUGGAUGAGGUACCAACGGAAUGCUCGCGGUUGGAUACCGCGCAAACCGAUAGAGAAGAGAGCGAAAGUUGUCGAUAUCAAAAUCAGAAUUCGAUAAGGUUCGACGAGGAGGAUAAAGACUUGUUUUGUGUGGGACGAACGUUAGGGACGCAGGACCCUUAUGGCCAGCGCGUACUUCAGAUAGCUUCCAUUCUAAGGAAUUUGAGCUUUACCCCCGAAAACAUAUUGAUUUUAGGGAGAAAUAGAUGUUUCCUAAGAUUUGUACUCCUAUGCGUCAGAGCCAGGUGGAGCAAUCUGCAUCAGCUUGGUUUUGACAUGUUAGGCAAUGUUGCUAAUGAAAUUCUACUGAAAGAAGCUGGCCAUCGAAUAACCGAUGUCAUGUUGUCCUGCGUAUCACGGGGCAUCGACUCACCUGACAGAUUUAUUGUUAUAUCCUGCCUUGAGGUGCUGAACAAAAUCAGCCAGCAAGAUAGUAAUGAAGAAAUUAUCACCCUCGGCCUAGACGAUAGCGCGUACGAAAUAAUAUGCAGGUUUCUAGCUCUGAGCGACAUUGCUUUGCUUGUUUAUACCUUGGAGUGUCUCUACGCUCUUACUUCUUUGGGUGAACGUCCUUGUACAAGCGUCGCGCGGGUACGCGGGGCUAUAGAUACGCUAGUUGCUCUGGUCACAGUGGAGGCGCAAAGCUAUGGACCAAAAGCUUGCAUUUUGAUGAGAGUCGUGGAGACGGUAUCGACUAUAACAGUCCCAACAACAGCCAGUGGACAAAGUGCCACUGCUACACCAGCGGCACCUGUUCAGGUUGUAGCUUCAUCUGUACCAUCUGUACCGACGACAAUCACUGCCACCACAGCCCCUGUUAGUCCAGCUCCCUCGAGGCCCACCACUCCAGCUAGCGUUAAUAGCAAACAAACUUCGCAUAAAGCAAUAGAAGCCUCGAAUACGAUACAGCAGCAACAUGCUCACCAGCAAAUAAUUCAAGAAAACGAGCAGUUCGCCCUUAGUUGGCUUAAGGCUACAUUCGAACAUUCGGCGGGAGUCAAAAUUGAACAGGAAGAACUGUAUAAAAAGUACCUUGGAUGUUGUACAAAGAUCGGAAGACGAGGUGUAAUCGCGCCACUUCAUUUUCCCAGAUGUGUUAGAUCCGUUUUUGGCGGAACCGUUGGACCAAAUCCGAUAAAGGGCGAGUCAACGGGAACCCAGUACUACGAAGGCAUCAAAGUUCGCUCUGUACCACUGACAGUGUCCUUUCCGAGCCAAACGUUACCAGCGAGUAAUAUGAUUCAUCCGAUCCCGGCGACCAACACAACUCCAGUAAAGGUGCUUCCCACACAACAGCGAACACUCAAGACCAUAAGUCCUGCUCCCGAUAGCACAGCCCUAGAAAAUUCCAUAACUGGUGCACAGAGAACCCCGGCCCCCGCGUCUCCCAUUCUCAAAGCGCAGUUAUCAGCCCCACCAAAACCACCCUCUACGAUCCCCAAUCAACCCCAGAUUCCAGUCACCAAGGUUGACUCCAAAAGUCAGGUGUCAGUGUCGCACCCCCACCUGAGUCAAGCCCUGCUGGCCAGUGGUUCUCAGUUGCAACAACAGCACCAAUCCCAAGUUCAAGUAGCGAUGAAGGACGAUCCUCGAAGCGGUGCAACUUCAAGUUCAAUAAUAAAAAGCCUCUUGGCUACAAAGGUAACGAUCAGCGGCGACUGCAUGCCCAGCGCCGCUGCCAGUUGUGUGUCUGCCCCUUCUGCCUGCGUAAUAAACACUACCACUAGCAUCGCAUCCAGCAUCAGUGCCAACCAGCUAAUAACCAGCAACCAGGUUGCCCAGCGUCAGCAACAACAACGACUACUUCAGGCUCAAUUGACAGGAGUCAUUCAGCCUGCAGCGCCUACCGCUACUCCAGCAGUAGCUUCACCUAAAAUAAUCUCAAGUACUAAACUGAAAUCUACAACUGCUGCCACUCCUGCAAAAAAAUUCCAAAGGAUUAACGGAGCUAAGGUUAUCGUCACCAACAAUUGUGACAAGGCUGACAUAAACGACUCUGAGAACGUCAAUCAGGUGGUAACGUCAACUACAGUGAUUUCGCAUCCAACGGAAAAUCACAUAUCCUCCACUGUCAAAGUCUGUCGACCACCUCCUCUAGUUCCAUUGAGUGGAGGAAAUAAAACUAAUCAUCGAACCAUCUGUACGCCAUUAGCAGAAGACUCAGAUUCUACUAAUAAUUCGCUUGCAUCUAGUAGCGGAAUUGGUGGGAGUAGAGAUUGUUCUGGUGUUGGGGCUGAGGAAGAGAACUCAUUGACUAGUUUUGAGGGCAUUCUUUUAAAUGGUGCCCCCAUCAACUUGGAUAUCGAUGGCCAAGAGGAUGGAUCUUCGAAAGAUUCAUCAAGCAUAAGCUCCAAAGACAAACCUCUGCAAAGUAUGAUGCUUGCAGAUCUGUUGGAGAGAAAAGUUGACAAAGAACCAAUUAUGAACGGCGUUUUAGGGAAAAAUUCAAUAAACGAGAAGGGAAUGGACCUUGUAGAAAAUCAUAUUGAAAAAGUAUUGAAAGAAUCUCCAACGGAUGUGAAAUUGAAAACUGAAGUUGACGAAAAUGACGUAUUACAAACGGAAGGGUCUGAAGAGACGCUUAUCGAAGCACCAAGGGGUAUAAAGAGAUCAGCCAGUGAGCCAGACGAAAUUCAAUCAAAGAAACCCAAAUAUUCUAAUGGUACGAGAUCUCCAGAACCUGGUGUUGAUUUGAAAACAGUUGAAUCGACAGUUUCUAGCAUGAAAUCAGAAGAACCAGACGAUGACAAGGAUAGUGAAAAAGCAACGGUAUCUUCAACGGCCGCAAACCUGUAUGCUGCGCUAGCUGCGGAUUGCAUUGAAGACGAAAUUGACUUAAUAGAUGAUCACGCAAUCGUAGUGAAAGACGAACCAGUCGUAAAAGAAGAGCCACAAGUAUUGUUGAACCAAACUGAACAACAACAACCGCUACAUCAGCAACUCCAGCAAACUCAAACACCAGUGCAGACGCAAACGCAAACGCAAACGCAAACGCAAACACCACAACAGCAGCAACAACACCAUCACCAACAACAUCAACAUCAACACCAUCAACAACAACUGAUUGUAGCUGCACCCAGGCAAAUAGUCGUCCAACAAGCUAUUCAGUCAAAUAAUCAAGUCAUCAUUCCAACGACCACAGUUAAAGGGAGACAACCUCAACAGCCCCAAGUCCUUUUGCAACAAGGAGCAGGAGGUCAGUUGCAGUAUGUUGUUUCUGGAGGUGUUCCUGGACAAAACUAUGUACUCGCCCAGUCUCAGACUGCUCUGGUUCAAGGACAGGCUCAAACAGUCUUAGUGGCUCAAACGACACAGCAACAAGGAACUGGCGCAAAAACUAUAAUUAUUUUACAACCACAGUCUGCAGCCCAGCCAAGUUCACAGAAGAUGGUUGCAGUUACACCACAAGGGCAGCAAGUUGUCGUUACACAGGUCCCAAGACCAAUUCUGCAGAGCCCAGCCUUGAGUAAUAUCCCUCCGCCUUUGGUGCCAACUUCGGCCACAAUCCCUCAAACUUCCAUUAUAGUAAAUAGCUCUGUUGCUCAGGCCAAUACGAACUCAGUAACAGUUGCUAUUCCAGCUGUAGCUCAGCAAGGAUCGAUAACCACUAGUGUACCGUCGAGAGUGGUUACCCCCACACCCGCAUCCACCCCUCCACCAACCAGACCCACUACACCGCAUCAGGCAGCUGCCACUCAUGGGCUUGCUGUUAAGCAAUCUCUGAAGAUAACGAAGACUACGAACUCCUCAACAUCAACCGAAACGGAUUCUAAACCUUCGACGAGUCAACAUCCAGCCGAAACUAAGACCAUCACAAUCAAAAUUGAUCCCAAUGCUUUUUUGUGCGAAUGGCGAGGUUGUUUGAGGCAAUUCAAAACGGCCCAUGAAGUUUACCUACACGUAUGUGAAGCACAUUGUCCAGUUGGAGGUGAAGAGAUUUUGUGUCUUUGGGCUAGCUGUGAUGGAUUGAAGAGACGUAGAUUCUCUCUGAUGACUCAUCUUUAUGACAGACACUGCAACUCAGAGACUAUGGCACUAAGAAGAAAGCAAUUGACUGUUACUGGUAAAACUGAAAUAUCAACAUCAACACCAGCAACACCACACCAUCCCGGUUAUGCGCCCAAUGCCGCAUUUCAUGCGAUCAAAAGGCACGCCCUGGAAUUUGUCAACCCCAAGGAGUUGAUGCAGCAGAGGCCAUCCAAGCCCGCUGCAGCCACUUCGAGCACUUCUUCUCCCAGACCAGGGCAAAAUCCUCCACCGGAACAGGAUGACAACGAAGGCCCAGUGACCAAAAGUAUUCGGCUGACGGCAGCUUUGAUUCUCAGAAACCUAGUCAUUUACUCUGCACAUGGAAGAAGGCAUCUCAGGGCAUACGAACCUCAUCUGGCAGGAGUGGCGCUAAGCAAUGUUGAAUCAUCCAGAACAAUAGCACAAGUGUUAUAUGACAUGAAUGAUCAGAGCAGCAGUAGUCACAGGUGACCUUUUGAACCAGGCCUCUAAAAUUCUCAAAUUCAUGAGCCGCAUUGGAUUCAAGAUCGCAAAGUCUGGUGUAAGGUUAGGAAAAGAUGUGACUACGGAUUUGGAAAGUAAUGGUUUGGAUUUGUGAAGAAGCAUUAAGACUUAAUCUUUGAAACAAAGUAUAAAGCAAGUGGACUUAUGUGCAAAUCUGAACAAAUAACACAUACGGCGAUGUUUUACGCAGAAAAGAGGCCUAUAAACUUAAUAGGCAAAAACCAUUGCCGAUUUAGAAAAUAGAACAAAAGUAAAAAAAAAAAAAAAAACGAGAUUUAAAUAAAUAAAAAAACUGAAACUAGUGACGUGAAAUGAGGACAGCAGUUAGGUGAUCCAGAACAGUGAUAACGAACAAGAUAAUAUUUCAGAUUUAAUAUUAAUAUUUAUUUUCUCAACAAACGGAAAAAAUGUUUUUAGUAAACGUGUACAAAAAAAAGGAAAAAAAACGAAAAAAAUGGUGAAGAAAAUACUUUAUGGACGUUAUAGUUAAUUGUAAUCAUUAUUAUCAUCAUCGUACGAAGUAUGGUUUUUUUCAUAAGUCGUAAAGAAUUUAGAAUGUAAAGAACUUUUUAUUCAAUGUAUUUGUUAGGAAUCUAUUAUUUUUGCUUACGAUUGCAUAUUGCAAUCACAUGGCUAUAUUAUUGUCUCUCUUGUUUUGUUAAUGAAUAAUCUUAUACUGAAAGUUAUUAAGGCAAGAAAACACGUGCGUAAGUGAAUUCGUCGUUAGAACAAAAUACUUCAAUCACUACAACAAAUUACUCACACUAAUUAUCAUUUCACUUCUAUGCAUCAAAACAUUGUAUUAAAUGUUAUCCAUAACAUUCACACUGUCCAACUUAUUCGUUUUAAGGAUUAUGACCACGUUGAUGGCAGCUCUGUUAUAUACAUCCUACAUACAUACCUAAUAUUAUUUACAAUUCAAAUUAAAUGUAAAGUAUAGAAAUACGAUUGAAACUUUCGCAUUGCUGUAUGCAAAUAAUCACAUUUCAUCCUCGUUGAGCAAUGGUUUCUAUUACAUUUACGAAUAGAUAUAAAUGAUGUGUACUUCUUGUUUAACUCGCCCUCCUUGGGGCUGAACAUUACCACCGAGUAUAUGAAAGAAAUAAUUUGAUAGAUCUUGCAAGAAUCGACUCGAUUAUUAAAUUUAUGUGUAUAAUUUUUUUUUUUUUUCUAAUUCUUGCUUCUGAUCUACUAUCAGAUCGUAGAAUUCAAUUGACCCAGUGUAUGUGAAUGUAAGCGAUACCACUUCUUAUUGGUUCUCAUUUGAAGAUCAUUUUUUUUUUCAACGAGGAGCUAAAUGAUGCGCAACAUAUUUUAUGCAUACAUGUACAAAAAAAUACUGAAUAACGAACUUAAAUAUUAUUUACCUUCUGCCGAGAUUUAUAACAAAGUUUGUGUCAUACUUCUUGAAUUGCUUAACUGCGUCACCAACUUCUUUGGUUUUAUCUAACGAAGCUAUAUAAUCAGCAAUUCUAUGUCCAGGCUGCAAAAUUUUAUAUACACAAAAUUCUAUUCCCCGUAGCUUGUAUUGCAUUUAAAUAAUUUAUUUAGUAAUGGCAAGCUCUCGUUGACGGAAAAAAACUAACUCGUGGUUAUGAAAUUAAAAUGAAAAAUAUAAACGUAUACAUACUUGUAAAUAAUAUCUGUAUUUCACUAACGACGUUACACAACAACCACUGUGUAAAUUUUUGGAAGUUGUAGAUUCCAACGUCUAAGAAAACUGAAGUAAAGUUUCUGUAUUAUAGUAUAUAUGACAAGACGUAGAAGUUGCAAGGAAAAAAUUUUGUAAUUAUUUAAAUGGAACGAAGUUAAAAAGGCUGGGUCAGUAUUACAAAACAGCCGAUUAAGAAUACCUAAGUACAUAAAAGUAUAAUAGUGGACCCUGUGCAAGCCUCGAUCUUGUAUUUUAUAAAUAUAUACGAAUCAAGUUUAUUAGCUGAACGUUUAGGAGGGUGAAAAUCUUGCAAGAGGCUUUUUAUUUUUAUUAUUUGUAAUUACUUAGUUUAAAUGUUUCAACGUUUGGUACGAUCAUGAGAAGAUAAAUAAAGAACUGUGUAAAGGAAUUAAACCGGUGAUGUAAUAAAUGAAUUGAAUAAUUAAUUAAA